AUGAGGAAAAAGAAGACAGCAGAUUCACCUCCUUCACCCACAGAUCUGAGCGAAGGGAAGGAAAAAUUAAGACUGAAGCAAGAGGUGGGCCUGAUUAGUGGAGUGUCAUUGAUUGCAGGCACCAUGAUAGGCUCAGGGAUCUUUAUGUCCCCUGAGUGGGUGCUACAUCAUAUGGGGAGCCCUGCCAGCAGCCUGCUUAUCUGGGCAGCCUGUGGUCUCCUGGCCAUGUUUGGAGCCCUGUCAUACGCUGAGCUUGGAACCAUAAUCAAAGAAUCUGGGGGAGAAUAUAUUUACAUCCUGAGGAUUUUCGGUUCUUUUCCUGCUUUCCUUUUUGCCUACACUUCUGUCAUCCUGGUGAGACCAGCUGGUUUGGCAGCUGUCUGCCUGAGCUUUGCUGAGUACGCCGUUGCGCCCUUCUACCCGGGGUGCUCAUCUCCACAGGCUGCCGUCAAGUGCACGGCGGCCGCCUGCAUCCUGCUUUUGGCCAUCAUCAACUGUCUCGACGUGAGGCUGGCAACGUCUGUCAUGAACGUUUUCACAGCUGCCAAACUCCUGGCACUGCUGCUGAUCGUGGUGGGUGGAUUGGUGCUGCUGGCCAAGGGACAGACGCAGAGUUUUCAGCACCCUUUUCAAAACACGAGUGCAGGGAUCGGGGCGGUUGGAGUGGCCUUUUACCAGGGACUGUGGUCCUAUGAUGGGUGGAACAACCUGAACUAUGUCACUGAGGAACUGAAGAAGCCUGAGGUGACCCUUCCCAGAGCUGUGAUGAUUGCCAUUCCUUUGGUUACAUGCCUGUAUUUGCUGGUAAACCUGAGCUACUUUGCAGCCAUGACUCCACCUGAGCUGCUGUCUUCAGGAGCAGUGGCCGUCACUUGGGGGGACAAAGUGCUGGGCAGUUGGGCAUGGCUCAUCUCCCUGUCGGUGGCACUGUCCACGUUUGGGUCAUCAAAUGGGACCUUCUUCAGCGGAGGCCGUGUGUGCUACAUUGCUGCAAGGGAGGGCCAUAUGCCAGACAUCCUGUCCAUGGCUCACGUGCGCUGCCUCACGCCCUCCCCUGCUCUGAUGUUUACAUCUGCUAUGGCUUUAAUCAUGAUAAUACCAGGAAGCUUCACCAGUAUCGUGAACUUUUUCAGUUUUAUAGCAUGGCUCUUCUAUGGCAUGACUAUUUCUGGUCUGCUGUAUUUAAAAAUCAAGAAACCAGAACUGCCAAGAUCUUACAAGGUCCCAAUUAUCAUCCCUAUAAUCGUGCUGAUGGCAGCUGUGUACCUGGUGUUAGCCCCCAUCAUUGAUCAACCCCAAAUUGAGAUCCUCUACAUUGUCCUGUUCAUUCUCAGUGGCAUCAUUCUUUAUUUCCCCCUGGUUCGCUUCAAGUGCCGCUCUCGCUUUCUACAGAGAGUCACCUUACAUCUCCAGUUGUUCCUGGAAGUUGCUUCCACCACCAGGGAUGCAAACUGA